GGGCGCUGGAUACGGACGCGAGCAGUGUGGACUUUCAAAUUGGCCAAAAAUACUAGUAUAAAAUCGAAAAUAUAUAGCAUUCGCCGGCGAAACAAUCGGUAGCAACAAUAGGAACGUUGUUUUUUGGCCAUAGCGCCCCCAUAUAGCCCCAAAAUUUAUGCUGUUCGUUUGUCAAUAAAAAAAGCAAACGAGAAAUGUAAACAGAAACGAAGCGAAAGCAAAGGAAGACAUCAUAUUGAAUUUAUGGUGUAGGUGCAGCAACGUGGUCCUCGAACCUAAGGACACCUCGGUGUCCUUGUCGUCAGGGUGUGACUCGGCACAGUUUGGUUGUGUCGGUGCCGAUUUGCACGUGCCCUCACCUUUGAACUCAAUCGCUUGCUUCUCGCCACCCUUAAAGAGAUCCUGGUGUGCUGUCCUUUAUUGUUGUCUUACCUGUGCUACCCACCUACAAUUACCGUUAUCGGGCAGGAGCAAAUUGCUUUUGCUACCCGCCACGUUGCCAACAAUUCCGGUCCGAUUCGAUACCACACCACACGGCGUAUGCGGAACGUAUUUGAGGUCUCCGGAGCUCAACGGUCGUAGUAUUGCGCAUGAUAAUUGAAUUUUUGUGGCGGCUGCUUUGUGAAACUCUCCUAAUUGGAAAUUUCUUAUUUGCGUUCGAUGAACUGUGAGCGGAAAAGAGCCCAAAAUUGAAAAUGUCCCGUGACAAUAUAGCGAAAUCGCCAAUAGCCCCCACAAAGUGAUCCGGAAAGUUGUGAACUAAAGCUGUGAAAACAUGGAGAACACCGCACUGCUGGCUAAUAUUAGCCUAAAUGCAACCAGAAAUGAGGAGAACAUCACCUCAUUCUUCACCGAUGAAGAGUGGCUGGCCAUCAGUGGCACUUUGCCGUGGAUAGUGGGCUUCUUCUUCGGCGUCAUCGCCAUCACGGGAUUCUUCGGCAACCUGCUGGUCAUCCUGGUGGUGGUCUUCAACAACAACAUGCGCUCUACCACCAACCUGAUGAUUGUCAAUCUGGCUGCCGCUGAUCUGAUGUUCGUAAUCCUCUGCAUUCCCUUCACGGCCACCGACUACAUGGUGUACUACUGGCCAUAUGGAAGGUUCUGGUGCCGCAGUGUCCAGUACCUGAUUGUGGUGACCGCCUUCGCCUCCAUCUACACGCUGGUGCUGAUGUCCAUCGAUCGCUUCCUGGCGGUGGUCCAUCCCAUUCGCUCGCGGAUGAUGCGAACGGAGAAUAUCACCCUGAUUGCCAUCGUAACGCUGUGGAUCGUGGUGCUGGUGGUUUCGGUGCCAGUUGCCUUCACCCAUGACGUGGUGGUGGACUACGAUGCAAAGAAGAACAUCACCUACGGCAUGUGCACCUUCACGACGAACGACUUCCUCAGUCCGCGCACCUACCAGGUCACCUUCUUCAUCACCUCCUACCUGCUGCCCCUGAUGAUCAUCAGCGGGCUCUACAUGCGCAUGAUCAUGCGGCUCUGGCGCCAGGGAACCGGCGUCCGCAUGUCCAAGGAGUCGCAGCGCGGACGCAAGCGGGUCACCCGCCUCGUCGUCGUCGUGGUCAUCGCCUUCGCCUCGCUCUGGCUGCCCGUCCAGCUCAUCCUGCUGCUCAAGUCACUGGACGUCAUCGAGACGAACACCCUCACCAAGCUCGUCAUCCAGGUCACCGCCCAGACUCUGGCCUACAGCAGCUCGUGCAUCAAUCCGCUGCUCUACGCCUUCCUCUCCGAGAAUUUCCGGAAGGCCUUCUACAAGGGCUUGCAAUCCAAUAGACUUGGUAUGAGGACAUCGACGCAUCAGGAUGUGAGUUCUGAGAAAACUACCUAUUAACAUAACUGUAAGGCGAAGUACAUUUGUUUUACAUAUUUCUUUAUAAAUACAAUUCAAUUCUGGCACGUGUUUAUAAAAUUUGUUACCCUUUUCUUUACACUAUUGUAUUUAUAUUAUAGUUAUCUUUCUAUCUCUGUAGUCUUAUGCUGAAAUCUUUAUUUUGCUUGCUGCUAGCAUGUGCUUUUUUGUCUCUAAAACUUAACAAGGUACAUAUUUGAAUGUUCGUUUUGAGUAAAUAUGGUGCAAAUUCGUAGUCAAAUACCAGCUUUAAAAGCAUUCCGCUGUCCAUUUGCCGUAAUCGAAUAAUGAGCAGGGCGCCGACAAUGCGAAUGCACAGCGCACCUGGGAAGCCGAGGACCGCAACUGCCGGCGGUUCAAAAGCCGUAAUUCAUAUCCCCGGAGUCCUGUGAUGCUGUUGUUGUUGUUACUGGCUCUGUGACGAGGCACUAAUCAACAAUUUUAGGCAGUUCAAUCAAAGCGCAAAUUCAUAAAUCAUUUAUAUGCAAAACUCUCACUCCACUCAAUCGGCAGGGAUGCCAGUUCACAGAUCCCAAAUACCAGAUCCCAGCUUCCCAGUUGCCAGGCAACGGGUCCAUUCGAUGCUUGUCUGCCGGCAUUUCCACACCUCAAACCACUUUAAUAAUUGAAUAUUGAAUCAAAUCUAAUCAUUCAAAUGCAAAGCGAUGGCAACAAUCGCAGCCAGGGGCCUUGACAUGGGAAUAGCUUUCGCCCCAUUUCCCAUUGCCCCACUUUCCCUGAUCGAAACGCCACCAAAGUGACUCUGCAUCAAAACACGUCAUUAAUCAAAUAUUGUGGCCGAACUGUGAAUUCACUGCGCCUUUAGUACCUUAUGUAUAUUAAAGCAUUAAGUCCUGUCAAUUUCCCACGAUUUUCUUAGUUUU